AACAAAAGUAAACGCACACUUCUCUCUCUCUCUCACACACACACACACAGUCCUGUCUCCCUUUCUAUUUCUCUCUCUUUUUCCAAUCUAAUCAUACAAAUUCAAGGGUUUUAUGAUCCAUUUGCCUUCACAUUGAGAGAGGGGGAAAAAGAGAAUUCUUGGAGCUUCAAUUGUUUGACCCUUUAUUUGUUCUUUAAAAAGCUGAGUUUUUUAAUGCAUACCCAUAUGGUUUUUAUGAGAAUUUGAAGAUCAAGAAUCUGCAAUUUCCAUGUUUUAUUGUUAUUUAAGAGCUAAAUUUUUGUGGGUCGUGAAGAUAAUGCAUUAAAUCUUGAAAUUUUCUUGCAAAGAUUUGAGCUUUGCAAUGGGAUUAUUGGUUCUGCAUUGGAAUUAUCUAAUUUUGGGGGUUCUUUAAAUAAAUUUAGCAGGAAAAGAGCUUUCUUUUAUUGUGUAUUUUUGGCAAUGGAUACAAAAAAUAAAGAAUUUAAAGGGGAGAAAAAUAAGUAUGUAGAUAGUGUGGAAGCUUCUAAAGAUGAGGAUGAUGAGUCUAAAGCAUUGUUGUUGCCUUGUAAAAAAGGCGGGCUGUCAAAAAAUAAAGGCAAACCAAAGAGGAAAGUGCAGUGGAAUGAUACAAAUGGGAAUAAACUUACUGAGGUUUUGGAAUUUCAGCCAAGUGAUGUCAGUGACUCAGAUGACGAUGAAUCAGAUUCUUGCAUUUGUAGAAUAAUGUAGUUCUCAGUGAAUGCACUACCAAACCAGUUGUCCUUUGACUUAAUACAGGGUGAAUCAACGCGUUGAAUCUCCUUGAUUCACAUCUUAUAUAGCCUUCAAUAACAGCAGUUUGUUAAAGAGAGUCAACUGUCUCUAAUUUUGGUUCAAGUUAUCUGGCACCUCGAGCCAAAUGAACCGACACUUUCCUUUGUACACAAUCAGAUAGAGAGAAUGACUUCCUCUGUUGUAUGUAUCAUACAGAACCUUCGGGUUUUUCUUGUCUUCUUUUGCUCAAAAUGUAAUGUAUAUGAGUACUGAAGCUUACAUCUGAUGAUGGUGAUCUAGCAUAUAGCUGGAUUCAUAACAAGAUUUGGUUUUGUAACAAACAACUUUCUUCAUUUGUCUGCUACUUUGUUUUGUAAAGAGUAUUGAAUUACAACAUA